UCAUUUAAACAUUACGUUAAACACCAAUCUACGCAUACGUCCUUGCUCGUUUAAAGUUUCUAAUAAAAAGUUUUGCAAUAAAAAGUAUUGAAAUCUUCAUUUCAAAAUGUAAACCUUGUAUGCCUCAAUAAAUAACUCAAGUAUUCGCAAUGAAUAAUCAAAAGCAAAAAGUAGACAAGAAAGUUAUUAUUCUUGGAAACGCUAAAGUUGGUAAAUCAUGUCUUAUUAAUCGUUAUAUGAAUGAAACUUUUUCUGAAAAUGCGAGAAGCACUAUUGGCUGCUGUUAUUUUUCAAAACAAUGGGGCAAAAAAAAUAUUGCUGUGUGGGACACUGGAGGAGAAGAACGGUUUAAUGCUUUAACAAGUUUUUAUUGUCGCUAUGCCCAUGCCGCAAUACUUUGUUAUUGUUUAAAUGAUCGUUUAAGUUUUGAUGCCAUUGAUACAAUACAUGUGCCAUUACUUUCUUCAGCGUCAGAAAAUUGUUUGAUAGUUUUAGUUGGAACAAAACUUGAUUUAUUAAAUACGUCAACUGUUAAGAAUUCAAAUCUAAGAGCUGUUUUACCUGAAGAAGCUAGAUCAAAAUUACUUGAGUUAACGCAAAGGUUUAAAUCUCCUGAACACCCUCAAGGAAUACUGCCUGUUUUUGAAACAAGUUCAAAAGAAAAUAUUCAAGUUCACGAAUUGUUUGAGUUUGUGUUUAACACAUUAGUAUCUGAAACGGAAUUAAAUCCUGAUGCUUCAGAGGAAACAGUUACUUUAGAAGUCUCUCGUUUAAAUGAAUUUAAAAAAAAAUGCUGUUAAAUGGUUGAACCAAUAUACUAAUAUAUAAUAAAAUGCAAAUUAAAAAUAUAAUAUUUUAUUUGCAUUUUUUUUAUUUACAAUAGAAUUAUCAACUAUUGCAUAUGAA